AUGGUCACUACUUCGGGUGCGUCUCCAUCCUCCGUUCGUCACCGUUGCUCACCCCGUAUCCACACCCCGCGCACAGCUCCGACCAAGUUCGGUAUUCUUAUCUUCCCCGGCUUCGAACCUCUCGACGUCUUCGGCCCCGCAGAGAUCAUCCAAACCCUCUCCUCGCGGAAGCCCAUGUCCCUCUAUUGGAUCUCCUCCUCGACGUCCCCCGCGCUCGACCCCGUCAGCACGCUCGACCCCGACGAUCUCACCAUCAACCCACCGGCCGGGAUCGACACCUUCAAGCGGCACACCGCACCCACGACCAUCGUCCCCACGCACACGCUCGCCGCACCCCCCGACGACGUCGAGGUUCUCCUCGUCCCCGGGGGCCUCGGCAUCUUGUCGCGUGCGACCGAGCCCGCGGUCGCGUACCUCCGGGCGGUGCACCCGCAGCUCAAGUACGUGGUCAGCGUGUGCGGGGGCUCGGCGCUCCUCGCGCGCGCGGGCAUCCUCGAGGGCCGGCGCGCGACGACCAACAAGGCGUUCUACGAGCACAUCUCGACGACGUACGCGCACGGGAUCCGGUGGGAGAAGAAGCCGCGCUGGGUCGUGGACGGGAAGGUGUGGACGUCGGGCGGGGUGAGCGCGGGGAUCGACAUGGCGCUGGGGUGGGUGGCGCACGUGUGGGACGAGGGGCUGGCGCGGGAGAUCGCGAACGUGGUGGAGUACGAGUGGCGGAACGACCCGAACUUUGAUGUCUUUGCGUACGUGUGGUAG